UGUAUAUUACAAAAAGUGAAAGUAUUGUGUCAGACCGUCUGACACAAUACAUUUGGUCGGACGACCACUCCCGUUCGUAACCUGUAUUAUGCAACCAUACCUAUAUUCAAGAAAGUUGUGAGAGAUGAAGGUGCGAAAUAGAAAAAUGCAGAAAACUCAAAUUAUAUUGAAUUCAAGCUUAUGAAGCACAGCAGCAGCACUUUAAGAGAGAGAAGGGAUACCGUAUUGAGGAUAGAAGUUAAAAGAUAGAAAUACAAAAGAUACAGGAGAGAAGAGAAUAUGAUAUAUUAGAUGAGAAUAAUAUAAACAGAAGGAAACUCAACAAGAAGAAAACGUACAAUCCUCAAUAUACCGCACAAGCGAGGAAACUCAACACGAAGAAAACCUACAAUAUCAAUCCAAGAUACUUUGAAGGUGCUAGGAAGUGAACACUAACCACAUUUUUUGUCUGAACUUGAGUAUGGAGUAUCAGCUAAGAGGAAUGAAGAAGAAGGAAAAAGUGAGAGAAAGUAGAGGUUAGUGUUUUGUUUUCUUUUCAGUUGGACUUUGUUUACUUUCAGUUGGACUUUCUUUUCUUUCAGUUAGACUUUCUUUUCUUUCAGUUAGACUUUGUUUUCUUUCAGGUGGACUUUCUUUUCUUUCAGUUAGACUUUCUUUUCUUUCAGUUGGACUUUCGUUUCUUUUCAGUUGGACCAACUGAAAGAAAUAAUGGGCCAACUGAAAGAAAUAAUGGGCCAACUGAAAGAAAUAAUGGACUAACUGAAACAAAAUGAAGACUACCUGAAGAAAAAUGUAGACUACCUGAAAAAGAAUAAAGACCAACUGAAACCCAAGUAAGUCUGACUGAAGCACAAAAACCCACUGAAAAACAAAGAAGACUAAUUGAAAACAAAAUGAAGACUACCUGAAAAAAAAUUGGAACCACCUGAAAAAAAAUGAAGACUACCUGAAAAAAAAAAUGGAACCACCUGAAAGUCGUCCGACCAAGAUUAUGGUCGGACGAGUCCGACACAAUACGUUCUCUUACAAAAAACAUAGUCUUGUUGGAUCUUGUUUGAUUCGUCCCAAUUUGUAUUUUUCAAAUAUAUAAUUUUUAUAUUUUUUCAUAUAUGUUAACUCAAGAUAUUGGUGUUUGAAGUUCAUCUCGUAAACUGUGAAAAAGCAAAUGUAGCAACUAAUUUGGGACAGAGAAAGUACCAAAUUGGGCUUCAGAAGUAGACUAUAAAAAUACAAACCUUUAAAGGUAAUAAAAUACAAACCUAAAUUUUGUACUCCCUUCGUCCCAUAAUAUAGUGUCUACUUCAUUUUUGGUGGGUCAAACUUUAAAAUCUUUGACCGAAUAUUCUCAUUUGUAUAUAUAAAAAAACAUAUUCAUGUGGGAUUUUAUUAGAUUCGUAAUAUCAACUUUUUAUAUUUUUUAUUAAUACGGAAUUGAAGAUAAUAAAGGUCAAAAUUACGUCUUAGAGACCGUGUAAAAAAGAAACAAGCACUAUAUUAUGGGAUGGAGGGAGUAUAAUACUAUAGUCACUAUUUAUUUAUUCAAAAAUUAUUUAAAAAAUCGGUCUAAUUUUAAUAUAAAAGUAGACCGAGUAACUAAGGGUCUUUUCUCCCUAGCUUAUUUUCAGUUCAAUUCAGUUCAGUUCAGUUCAACUCUGGACAAUACGUUUACUCUCACAUAUCACUAUUUAUUUCAGUUCAGUUCAAUUCAGUUCAAUUCAACUAUUUUAUGCCGAAGAGACAUACUCUAAAUGAAUUAAACUAGUUAUGGAAAGAAAUUAACCUAGUCAUUAUUGGAUAAUUCUCUUUUUAAUAUUAAGUUUACCAUUAUUUAAUUUUAAUUUAAAAAUAGACGAUAUCUUACAAGACAAACUCAAAAAAAAAAGUCAACUAUCAAUACAAAAAUACUUCCUCUAUUUAGAAAUAGUUGCACCAUUUAUACUUUUCACGCAUGCCGAUGUAUGAUUUCAACUAUUAAUAUCUUUAAUUAUCAAUAAGUAAAAAUUAUAAAAAGUUUAUAUUAAAAAAAUUUACAUCGAGACGAAUCUAACAAGAUCCCACAUGACUAUGUUUUUCCUAAAAUAUAAAUCACUAAAGACAAUCUAAGUAUAAGAUGUGAAUAGUGCACAAAAUAGAAAUGGUGCAACUAUUUCUUAACGGAUGAAGUAUCUCCUAAAGUAUCAAUCAAUUACGGAAACAAAGAAAUGCAAUAUUCUAAUUAUAGAAUGCACAUCAGUAUCCAGUAAUAUAAAUAUAUAAUUGAUUUGGUACGAUUUGGACAAAGUGGUACACACGAUAUAUCAAAUCAAACUUGAAUAAUUGCCUUUAAUGGCACAAGUCCAGUUUACUAGGAGUCUUAAGAGAGAGCCAACAAACAUGUCAAAAUUAACAAAAAGAUGUAAAAUUUAUGAACUGUCUUCGUUGAGCAACUCGGUGAAUCAAUCAGGUGAGCAAUGUAACCCCUAAAAGAAACAAAAAAACAAAACAAAAGGUGAGCAAUUUGAUUUUCUUCUUCAAUCCCCCCUAUAAAUAGAAAGAGUUUUUCACAAUGAAGACAUCAUAAUUCAUAUCCAACAAAUUAAAGAGUUCAUAAUUCAUAUCCAACAAAUUAAAGAGUUAAUAAUUCAUAUCCAACAAAUUAAAGAGAUCAAAGCAAAAAAAAAAUGAUAGAGAAAAGAGAUGAAAAUAAUGCUGCAAAAUCACAUGGAAAUGGUGAUGAUGAUGGUUAUGGUUAUGGUCAUGUUGUGGUGGUACCAUACCCAAGUCAAGGCCACAUCAACCCAUUACUACAAUUUGCAAAACGUUUAGCUUCAAAAGGAAUAAAAGCCACUUUAGCUACUACCAAAAACACUAUUUCUUCUAUCUCUUCCAUCUCUUUUCUCCCAAAUGUAGCCGUCGAGCCAAUCUCAGACGGCUACGAUGAUGGUGCUUAUCCUCAAGCUGGCUCCGAGGAUGUUUUUCUCAACUCUUUUAAGUCAAAUGGCUCAAAAACUCUUGCUCGUCUUAUCGAGACCCAUCAAAACUCAUCGUCUCCUGUGACUUGUGUUGUGUAUGAUGCAUUUUUGCCAUGGGCUUUAGAUGUUGCUAAAGAAUAUGGCUUACUUGGUGCUGCUUUUUUUACUAACUCUGCUUCAGUUUGCGCUAUUUUUUCUUGUGUAAGCCGUGGUUUAAUCAAUUUACCUCUUAAGCCAGACCAAGUUAGGUGUGCUUUGCCUAAAAUGCCUUUGUUUAAGGGUAAUGAUUUGCCUAGUUUUCUCAGGAAACCUGAAAGUUACCCUGCUUAUUUGGCUAUGAAGUUGAGUCAAUUCACUAAUCUUCACUUGGCUGAUUACGUCUUUUGCAAUUCUUUUCAAGAUUUGGAGUCAGAGGUUAUAGAAGGCGUAAUAGAUAAAUGGCCUGCAAAACUAAUUGGACCAAUGGUUCCAUCAUCCUACUUAGAUGGAAGAAUAGAAGGAGAUAUAAGUUACGGAUCAAGUCUAUGGAAACCCUUAAGCGAGAAGUGCAAAGAGUGGCUACAAAGUAAGCCAACAAAAUCAGUCAUUUACAUCUCAUUUGGUAGCAUGGUUUCACUAACACAAGAACAAAUGGAGGAAAUUGCAUUGGCAUUAAAAGAAAGUAACUAUUACUUUCUUUGGGUGGUUAGGGAGUCCCAGAUUAGCAAACUCCCUAAAGAGUUUCAAGCGGAGGUUUCGAUGACUAAUAAGGGGAUGAUUGUUACAUGGUGCAAUCAACUCGAGAUAUUGGCCCACGAAGCAACUGCAUGCUUCGUGACUCAUUGUGGUUGGAACUCGACACUGGAAGGGCUUAGCCUCGGGAUCCCAAUGAUAGGGGUCCCACAAUGGAGUGACCAAUUACCAGAUGCCAAGUUCAUUGAGGAGGUUUGGGGGGUGGGAAUUUGGCCAAAGGAAGAUGAGAAAGGAGUGAUAAGGAAGGAAAAUCUUAGAGAUUGCUUCAAGGAAAUAAUGGAAGGCAAAAAGAGUAGAGAGAUAAGAGAAAAUGCUUUGAAGUGGAGGGAGUUGUCAAAGAAAGCAGUUAACUAUGGUGGAAGUUCAGACAAUCACAUUGAAGACUUUGUUCAACAUUUGAGAUGUACUAGUUGUGCUAGCAAAAACAAAUUUUAGCUUUAUGUUAAAAUAAGUAUUUUCACUGGAAUUUAGUAAAGGAGUGUCUAUUCAUCUAUUGGCACCUCAAAUAAACAAAAUGAAUUGUUGGUCCUA